AUGACAGCUUCUACGACUCUGAUCACUCCUCCACCCUCUCCACCUCUUGAUCCCGUUUCACCCCUAAGUCCAAUAUCACCCUGGCCGCCUAUUCCACCUCCAUCCGUUAGAGAACAACCUACCACACGUAGUAGCCUUCCAAAUGCAACAGACGUCUACUCCAGUAUAGCUAUACUAGGUACAUACCUCUUAUUCUUCCUAUAUCUCUUAUGGGCAUUUGCACCUUCGCAAAGUAUUUGGACCAGUUGGCUUCCCGAUAGACAAUGGGCAAUAAUCGUUCCUUGCUGGAUGAUGAUCAUUGUUCUUUUGACUUAUUGGAUUUACGCAGCUUUGAUAAUCUACAAUACACCUUCAUGGGAUUCGGUAGAUUGUAUCACAGAUCCAUAUUCUGGUAUACAGCCAUUGGGUAAAGACGAUGUUAAAGAAGACAACGAUCAACCGUAUUAUAGGAAUGUCAGAGACGAUAAAGCAAGUCAUGGAGCAGUGGAUCUACCUAUAGAUUUAGUUGGAAGGGUACUAUAUCCACCCCGAAGGAGGAAGUUAUAA